GCUGAAAUCUGAUGCCUGGACUGCAUAUGCAGUGAGACGUGGGCAUGCCCUCGCAGUGCACCGAUUUCCUCCGUGCCUUGGAGAGCCAGAGCCGCGCUGAGGCUCCAAGCGGAGGAGCCGCUCCAUCAGGCAGCGAGUGCCACAUCACUGCGCUGCCUGCGCGAGGGCUCCAGCAUGGUCCCGAGCCUCCUGCUCCUCCUCACCGGGCUGUUUAGGGCCACCGAGCCAGCACCCCGCUGUGAAACCGGCCAGGAGACCCUAGGUCAAUGCCAAACUGCACAGAAAGCAAAAUGCGUGGACAUCUCCUUAAGUUCUUGUACUGACGUUACCUAUACUCAAACGAUGUAUCCUAAUUUCCUGGAUCAGAAGUCUCGAGAAGUGAUUGAGUACAGCUCUGAGUAUAUUCUCAUAAGUGUGCUGCACAACUUGCUGCAAGGAGAAUGCAAUCCAGAUCUGAGGCUCCUGGGGUGCUCAGUUCUGGCCCCACAGUGUGAAAAGGACAAAGUUAUAAAGCCCUGCAGGCAUGUCUGUGAAAACCUGAAAAAAAAUUGCCUCUCUGCUUUUGAUGCAAUAGACAUGGCCUGGCCCUACUUCUUAGACUGUGAUCGUUUUUUUGCUGGGGAAGAAGAAGGAUGUUUUGACCCACUGGCAAAGCUGCGAGGAGAAGUAGUUGUUGAAGAAGAUUUGCCUUCAGACUUGCCAGCUACUUUCAUUCAGUUCAAGCAUCAUUCAUAUUCCCAAAUGGUGAGCACAUUGAAGAAGACUGCUUCUAGAUGCUCCCAUAUUGCAACAACUUACAGCAUAGGUCGCAGUUUUGAAGGAAAAGACCUUUUUGUGAUUGAGUUUUCAACCAAGCCUGGGCACCAUGAACUACUCAAGCCAGAAUUUAAGUACAUUGGCAAUAUGCAUGGAAAUGAAGUUGUGGGAAAAGAACUGCUGAUAUACCUUGCACAGUAUCUGUGUUCAGAGUAUCUUCUUGGGAACCCUCGCAUCCAGACUUUGAUCAAUAACACCAGAAUUCAUCUCCUGCCUUCACUCAACCCAGAUGGGUAUGAACUGGCUGCGGAAGAGGGAGCUGGUUACAAUGGAUGGGUGAUUGGCCGGCAGACAGCUCAGAACUUGGACCUGAACAGAAAUUUCCCUGAUCUGACUUCAGAAGCUUACAGAAGAGCUGGGAUUCGUGGGGCUCGCCUGGACCAUAUCCCCAUUCCACAAUCCUACUGGUGGGGUAAGGUAGCACCUGAGACUAAAGCAGUCAUGAAGUGGAUGAGGUCCAUCCCCUUUGUGCUCUCUGCCAGCCUCCAUGGGGGUGAGCUGGUCGUGACUUAUCCUUAUGACUAUUCAAAACAUCCUAUGGAAGAAAAAGAGUUCUCACCUACCCCCGAUGAGAAGAUGUUUAAAAUGCUGGCAAAAGCCUAUGCUGAUGCACAUCCAGUCAUCUCAGACCGAUCAGAACAUCGUUGUGGUGGAAAUUUUGUAAAACGUGGAGGUAUUAUAAAUGGCGCUGAGUGGUACAGCUUCACUGGAGGUAUGGCAGAUUUUAACUACCUUCAUACAAAUUGCUUUGAAGUUACUGUGGAGGUGGGAUGUGAGAAGUUUCCUCUGGAGGAAGAACUGUUUACAAUCUGGCAUGAAAACAGAGAUGCCCUUCUGAACUACAUGGAGAUGGUUCAUCGGGGAAUAAAAGGAAUUGUGUCUGAUAAAUUUGGCAACCCAAUUAAAAAUGCUCGAAUUUCAGUCAGAGGCAUCCAGCAUGAUAUCACCACAGCUGCUGAUGGAGACUACUGGCGACUCCUGCCUCCAGGGACGUAUAUAAUCACUGCCCAGGCCAUGGGCUACACCAAGGUAAUGAAAAGGGUCACCCUUCCCACCAAGAUGAAACGGGCUGGACGAGUUGACUUUGUCCUGCGACCUGUUGAAAUUUGGCCUAACAAACUUCUCCGCCGGCCCAUGGAGGACAUGCACGACCAAUACGACCCCCUGGAACUGUUUGACCCUCAUGCUCAACAUGCACAGGCUCGGGGAGGGUCACAACAGGUCAGGGAGAAGCCCUGGUGGUGGUCCUACUUUAGCUCUCUAGGCCUGCACAAACCUCUCUGGCUGCUUAAACAGCACUGAAUAGUGCCAUCGUGCUCUGCUUACCUUGUUCUGCUGCCCUUCCACGCAGCUCCAUGCACCCUGAUUGCUCUUGGCAAUAUUUAAAUCUGUGUCAUUUGAACGUACAAUGUUAAUUCAAGCCCACUUGCUUCUUUUGUUUUCUCCUCACACAAGUGAGUCUGUUCAAGUGUUUUUAUGUAUUAAAAGCAAUGGUGCACACCCAUUCAAGAGCCAGGUUUUAUGUAGUCUCUUUCUUAGUAAUAUGCUGUACUUCUGCCCAUGUAGUUAAUCAUCACAUUUAUUAUUUAUUAGGUUCUAAGUACCUGCAGGAAUAUAUUCUUGAUCCUUCAAUGCAUUUUUGUACAUGCCUUAACACAUUAAUGACCGUGUACUAAAAACAACUUUCAGAAAUCUCUUUUUACAUUAUUUUAGUAUAUUAAAUUCCAUUCAUUAACUCUUCUAAUAUAGCUCACAGUCACUUUUGAAGACCAUCAUGUGCCAUUAGCAUUGAUUUUGGACCAAAAAAAAUCAUUAGGAAUAUGGAAAUAAAUCUGUACUGAAUAAGUAGCAUGUUCAGUAGGAUGGCCUGCUCACAGACAGGUCAGUAUCAAUGAGGAAUCAUUAAAUAAUGUUUUCCCAAGUACUGUUUCAGAAAUUAUCCUUUGAAGACAUACGUAAUAAAAAAUCGUUAAAUACUCAGUCUUAUUUCUUUAAACUCUCUUGCAUCAAUAGACCCACAAAGUCAAAAAAAAAUGCUUGGAAAUUAGAUUCUGUUCCAAGAAGUGUGAAUGUCCAAUCUUUAUGAUAUAUAAAUGUUAAUAUAAUUUGAAGGUUUUUAAUUUAAUAAGUAAAGAAAAACACUGACAUAUGCUUACUGAUGGAAAUACACACAACCUAUGAUGUGGAAAGUACAUGAAGUAAUUUGUGAUGAAUAUGUCAUAUUAUGCUAAGGAUGUUAAUAUCAUGCAGUCUUGAGUCCACAGGAUUAUUAAUGGAAUUAUCAAAGAAAUCAUAAAGUUCUUUCCAAGACAGUUAAAUAGGUAAAUAGUGGUCUUGCAAGAUGCUAUCCUCUCUUAGAAGUGUUUCUUGGAUAUCUGUAAUUUUCAUGAAACAUUUAGUACCACACUUCCAUUUGGCUUGCAGUGGAUAACGAGCUUCAUGCACUUGUAAUACAGUAUUUCCUCAUCUAAAUGCCACAGUGUAUGAACAAGGUGUUUGUUUGGAGCUGAUGUACUGCCUGCAGGAACUGCUGUAUUAGUUGUCUGAAUUGCCCUCUGAUUUCUAAAGCCUUGUUUCCUCAUCUUAGAUAAAAAAUCCCAAAUUGUGUGAGUCCUAUAUUCCAUGUGCACGUAUCUUAAACUAUAAUUGCCUAAGAAGACCCAGGAGAUGAAUGACUUUAGUUCUGCAACCAGACACUGUACAUGCCUGAGUGCCUUAUUCCCUGUUGUAACCUGAUAGAAAUUAAGAAUCUGUUAGUCAAGUGCUUAAAUGUUUGCAGGACUAGACCCUACGUGAAAAUGAAAAAAAAAAACAAUUCAUAGCAUUAACAAAAAGUAAUUAUAUGAGACCAAAUGUACUGCAUACACACAAAUUAGUGUUCCUUUCCCAGUCUUACUAAAGAAACCCUGAAUCCUAAAUGUUUCACUGAGAAACAAGCAAGAGAUACACCUCCAGAUUGUCUUUCCUGUAAUAGAUAUUACUACUGUUUAUUAUGGUCAUUUUUUUCAAAGACACCAUCCUGUGAAAAAAUUGGUAAGACUAAAAAAUCAGAACAAUAUGCCAAAUUGCUGGCUAUUAGCUGUUCUUCUUAUGUAUGUAAUGUCUUGCACGCUUAGAAAGAUGCUUUCUAUUAGUAUAUCCCAUAUUCUCAUAAGACUAUUUGGAAUGUUUUCAAGUAAUCACACUACACCCAAGCCAGCUGAAAUAUAAAACAGAAUGGCUGUGCAGAAAAUCCAUUCCUAUCCAUGAGUCCCAUAUUGCAAUAGCAGAUGGCAAUCAAGACUGUGGAAAGAUGAUUUUCUGGGAAGAUUGUAAAGAUGUGCUAAGUUUGAGAGAGUGUGAAAAGCAGCUCUUCUGGAUUACUAUAGCUCUAAUAUCAAAUUGGUACAAUGGAACAAGGGUAGCUUCCCUGCUUCUCUCUGCCUCAUCCAUAAAAAGAGGUGUUCAGCAGACAGAAAUCUGAGAUCAGACUUCUGCUGGUUCACACACAGCAACCUGUAGAGAUGGGAUUGUGUUGGAGCAAUUAUGAGGGUUCUGGGAAAAGGUAUGCCUCAGUUUUCUGGAAGUACUUCAUUUUAACCAGGAAACAAAAUCUUCAGUUUUCACCUCCUUGGAGAUGGAAAAGGUUUCCAGCAUUCUCUCGGUGCCUCUCAAGCAUUCAUUUAAGUUUAGAUUAGAUUUGGGGUGUCUUUAUCAAUACUUUGAAGAUACAAAAAAAAAAAAGUAAGGAAAAAAGAAAUCAUUGGUCAAAAUCAGCCUUGCAGACUCAGCUUGGCCUUUUUCCAGAGGCCUACACGUUCAGCAGUUGGACUGUUUUCAAGAAUUACAGUGUGUGUUCGUGAGACUCCCUCUCCUUUUAAGUCAGAGACUGCAAAACUUUUUCAAUUACCUUCCAACCACAUAUUGAACAGUAUUGACGUAUGUUUUUUGUAACAUCCUCCUUAAUAAUUAAUUUCCUAGUCUCCAUGUUUGAGGGGAUCUUCUCAACCAUGGAGCCAAACUGUUUCUGCAGAAAGCAAUAACAUUAAUAAAUGCUCUAACCUGCCAACUAUCCAGACCUCAUCAGUCUGCCAGCAAUGAAUCUUCCCAACAAGUCAAAAUAUGUAAAUCGAAGCAAUACAACUACAGACAUAAAGAGCAAAGCGGAAGAUCUCUUUAUGUAAAAUGUACAAAUUACUUUUCAUUGUUAUUACAGAAAAAAAGUGAAGAACACCUACAGAAAAUAUCGGGAGAUAAAUCACAAGUUGUGUAUUACACCAA